UGAAAUCUGCGUUUUUGUGUCAUUAAUUCUCCGUUUUCAGAGGCGCUGAAGCUGAUUUAUCUCGACAUUGUCGCACACGCUGCUUUUAACGUGGAAAUACAGCCACCUUGACGGGGAUUAUCAGUCAGUUUUGCAUGAUUUGCACCGGGAGAAAAGCUUCAGAAUGUGACUCAUCCUGGUUCGAAGCAGCAGAAUCUAACAGGGUUGUCUCAGCCUCGGCACCCAGAUUGGCAGUGUUCGCGCUUCUCCUCCUCCUCUGGUGCAUCAGCGGGAUCACAACCUGGCACAGACAGUGAGGAUGGGCCGGAAGCUGGACCUUUCGGGCCUUACAAAUGAUGAGGCGGAGCAUGUCUUGAAAGUGGUCCAGCGGGACAUGAAGCUGCGGAAGAAGGAGGAGGAGAGGCUGAGUGAGAUGAAGCAGGAGUUGGCGGAGGAAGGCAGCAGAUGCUCCAUCCUCUCCAAGCAGCACCGCUUCAACGAGCACUGCUGCAUCCGCUGUUGCGCGCCCUUCACCUUCCUGCUCAACCCCAAGCACCAGUGCCUGGACUGCCAGUACAAUGUCUGCAAGACCUGCAGCACCUACAGCAAGAGGGACAAAGCCUGGAUCUGCUCCGCGUGCCAGAAGGGCAGACUGUUGAGGACCCAGUCCCUGGAAUGGUAUUAUAAUAAUGUCAAAAGUCGCUUCAAGUGGUUUGGCAGCGCCAAGGUUUUGAAGACUCUGUACAGAAAGCACAUCAUAGACAGAGAAGCUCUGUCUGAGCUCCCAGAAAGCAGCGUUCACGAGGGAAGUAACGACAACAAUGGCAGCGUCUGUGGCAGUGACUCCGCCUUCUACAAGCAGAAUGAAGGACACAGCAUGGCGGAGACGCUCACUGUCGCUCUGCGUGUUGCUGAGGAGGCCAUAGAGGAGGCCAUCGCCAAGGCGGAGGAGUUCAGUGACAGCUUGGAGAAGCAGAACGAGGCUCGGUACCUGCUGGACCACAAAGAGGAACUCAUAGAGGAACUUGCUACAGCAAUUGUACAGAAAAUCAUCCAGAGGAGGAAACAUUCAGAAAUGCAGACAGAGUAUGAGUUUGUCUGGCCUCAGUCCUUGAUUCAGACCAGCGGGUUGAACUCCCCGUCUCAGCCCCAAGCUUCUUCUCAAGGACCUCAGGACCCCCUGAAGACCUGCUACUCGCUCUGGCGUUCCCGGUCAGCGUUCUCCCUCACCAGUGACUGUUCCCCAGAGAAGGUUCUAGACGAUUUGGGUGCAGGAGCAGGUGGUGGCUUACAGGUCUACAGCUCCCUGAAAAGGGAGGCCAAAGCCGCCUCUUUACCCACCUGGAAGAGUGUCGACCGCCUAGAUAACUCCAGUGCGUCCUCAGUGCUCCAGAGCCCUGACGGUAACUGGAUCGCUCUGCACAGCUCUCAGCUGUCUCGACCCAGCCUACUGACCAAGCGGAAGAGUCUGGUGUUCAGCGUGUUGGAGAAGGAGUCUGGGGUCGUCUCCGCUUAUGACGAGAUGGGAUCCGACUCCGAGGGUGAUGAAAGCAGCUGGGCAGUGGCGUUACGACAGUUCCGACGCAAAAUGUCAGAUGAGACGUACUACACUGACUCACAGCACGACCCAGAGUGGACGUACACCCAGCACCUUCCGGUUACCUCCCCGUCCUCUGGGCAGUACACAAACACAGAGACUCUCAACUCGGACUCGGAGGCAUCCUCUGUGCUGUCCGCAUGUCCUCGUAAACCGCCUCACAACCUGCUGAGGAAGAAAGGACCGCCUGAUAUGCACCUGCACCCCCACCAUCAACCACUCUACCGCCAAGGUCUUCAUCAGAACCUGACUCCGUACCCGGUCCACUCUGACGCACUCGAUGUCAACUUUAACCCAAAGGUGAUGAUGGGCGACAGCAGCGAGGCGGAGGAGCGACAGGCCGAUCCCGUCAGACGGUCGCGGCGACGCAGGAGGAACAAAAGGGAGUCAUCAGCAGAACAGAGGAGACCCGGAGACCAAAGUCACGCACAGUCCUUCUACCCCAUCAUCCAGGAGAACAGUGAUCUUCUUCUAAACACCCUGCUGAAGAGGGGUUUUAGUGAGGAGCAGCCUGUAGCUGACACAACGCCAACCGCCUCAGCCGCCCCCGACGCCUUCAGAUUUGACAUUACUACACCUGAGCCUGAGAACCUGAAUGUGCCGUCACCAGCUGCUGGCUCCUGUCAGCCAGAGCACUCCCCCAGCAGCUCCAGAGAUCCUCUGGAUGAGGAGCUGAGGUCCAGACUUUGCCAGAUAGUCGGUCAUGUGAACAGCAAAGACGGCACCUGGUCCGAAGAGGAGGAGCUUAAAAAGACACCUGUAGGUGAAGAAGGUGACGGCCAGAGAGGGAGGUCAUGGCCUAACGGCGCACAGCCAGUGAGCGUCAGAGAGAGUGCAGAAAGUGAGAGAAGUGAUGAGGUGAUGGACAGUCCUUCACUAAGAGGAGACGGACGAGAUACGAUGGAGAUGGAAGAGAAGUUAGAUUGCCAGGAGCAAAAAAGACAAAGUAAGAGACAACAGAAGAGAGAUGUGCAGACGGAAAGUGGAGAGAAAGGAGGUGGGAGGAGGAGCAGCUCCAGCUCGCCUGGUGUUUCCCCGUCGUCCCAGGAGGGGGCACUGUCAGACAGCCAGCAGAAGUGCUCGGCUGCAUCCCUCUGCAGCAUCACCACCGAGGUCCUGAAGGUCCUGAACGCCACCGAGGAGCUGAUCGGCGAGGCCGGGGGCGAGACCUUCUCCCCGAGCGAGCCCGUGAGCGUGUGUCCUGCCUCCAGCAGCUCCGAGAGCCACAGACUGGACCAGAGGCUGACCAAGAUGGAGGAGAACGUCUAUCUGGCUGCUGGUGCAGUGUACAGCCUGGAGGGGGCGCUGGGGGACCUGGAGCAAUGUGCCCGCAGUAUUAGCAGCGGCACCACUGACACAGAACUGGCCUUUCUGGAAGACCAAGUGGCCACUGCGGCCGCUCAGGUCCAUCAGUCUGAACUACAGAUCUCAAACAUUGAGGCGCGGAUAUCGGCUUUGAAAACAGCCGGUUUGAAUGUGACAGCCUGCAGUCGCUUCUCCAAGUUCAAGCCAAAGCCUGAAACCCUGGACUCAUCACGCCAUCAGAGGAGGAAGCUUCCAGCACCUCCACCAAAAGAUAAGUUGGAGUCAGAGCAGCAGCUGAAAGUGUUUCGGCCACAGUGACAGUGGGCAGCAUGGAGUUCCUCAGGGCCUCUUUAGAGUCCCGGGGACACGGGCAUUUCUCAUCCAGUGCCUUGACCAAGCAUCAACAUCCAGCUCCAGG